CAUAGCAGCCUCUCCUCUGUUUGCGUUUGUGGUGGCUGCCUCUCACCGCUGACGACGCCUGGUCGGUGCCUCGAGAGGCGGGAUUCGUCGUUCUUGACCGGCCGUGGUCCGCCCCCGCCGCUAAUAAGCUAGCAGGCACCAGCUCGACACACCUAACACCACACCUACACCUCGCUCCCUCCUUCCUCCCCAUCUCCCAUCGCCAACUCUGCGGAGACUCUCGCUACCCACGCAGCUGCAUCUCCUCGUUGGCCCUCCGUCGGCGAGUCGUGCAGCAGUAACCCCUCCCCGCCCCGUCGAUUAUUACGUCGUCAGCCUCACUCGCUGCCCGUCAUGGCGACCAACGUCCCGGUGACGCUGGACACGCUGAUCGUCGUCAAGAUCCAGUUCCAGGGCAGCACCAGGAAGUUCAAGAUCCCGCUGCGUGAUCUCGGGGCUACCGUGCUCCCAGGCAAGCUUCGAGCCCUCCUGCAGGUGCCGUCCGAUGAUGAAAUCGUCUUCGAGCGCUACUCCGACAGCGCCGGCGCCUACGUCACCCUCGACGCCGACAAGCCGCAGGUCUACAAGACGCUGUUCCGCGCCGCCAAAGCCAAGUUGAAGCUCCGUCUAAGGGCCACCAUCACCACCCAGCACCACGAGCCCGCGCCUCCAGCUCCGCCCGCACCCAUCCCGGCGCCCCUCUCGAGCCCGCCCAGCUCGCUCCACCGCCUGAGCUCGGACACGCUGUCCCCGCCGGUCAUGGCACAAGCCUCGCCCGUCAUCGCGCGCUCCCCGAUACCCUGUCCGCCUCCACUGGAGAGGAAGUUCGAGGUCGAGGCCGUUCGCGUGAGCCCCAUCUCCCCGCUCAUGACCAACAACGCCGAUGCUGAGGACAAGGGCGAGGCGCCCGUGCCGCGAUCUUUCACUGCUCGCCAGAGCUUCUUCAGCGGUCUUGCCGCGGCUUCCCGCAAUGCCGACCUCGCGUUCCGCCCCAAACUGGAGAGCGUCCAGACGUCCUGGGUCGUCUACUGCAACAACUGCAACCUCCCCAUGGAGGAUGAGCACUACCACUGCAGCAUCUGCGACAAUGGCGACUACGAUCUGUGCCCGUCGUGUGUCGACUCCGGCAUCCACUGCCCUGGAACUGGUCACUGGAUGGUCAAGCGAUUCGUGAAGAAUGGCUGCGUCGUCAACAGCACCACGGAGCGUGUCGGCCCGAAGCCCAAGCCCCAAGCUGAGCAAGAAAUGCCGGGAGCGUUCACCGAAGAGAAGCAACACGCGCUUGCGGCCGACCUCCCGCAUGAGGAGGAGCCGACCCGAACCUGCAACUGCUGCGUCAAAGUUCUCCCCGAGAAGGAGUUUGUUACGUGCGCUUCCUGCGACGACUACGACCUCUGCAUGGAAUGCCACAUCAACAACAAGCACGGCCAUCACCCCGGUCAUGCUUUCAAACCCGCUACCCCAGAGACUGCUUUGCCUGCUCUGGCAGACUUCCUGUGCAACGCUGGUAGGAACGUGCGCCACUCUGCGGUCUGCGAUGGUUGCGAAAAGUUCAUCUACGGUGUCCGCCACAAGUGCUUGAACUGCCCUGACUGGGACUUCUGCUCCGAGUGCGUCAAGAGCGCCAAGUACAUCCAUCCCGGCCACCGCUUCGUGCCCAUCUACGAGCCUCUUGCGGAGCCUGUCAACAGCGGCAACCGCCACUAUGGCAUUUAUUGCGAUGGCCCGCUUUGCAAGGACAAGGAGAACCUGUCGUACAUUGAAGGCAUCCGCUACAAGUGCGCUGUGUGCCACGAUACCGACUUCUGCGCCAACUGCGAAGCCCACCCUUCAAAUAGGCACAACCACACUCACCCGCUCAUCAAGUUCAAGCGCCCCGUCCGCAGCGUCAGCGUCACGACGCUGAACGAGGACAAGAAUGGCAAGUCCAUCAUGAGGGUUGGUGACCGUGAGCCCGCUCGGCGGUCAACUGCAACUGAGACUACCCCGGUUGCUCCUUCCGCCAAUGCUGCUACGCAGGUGCAGACAAUCGUCGACAUGAAGCCCACUGAAGACUCUCAGCCAAAGACCACCAAGGAGAAGAUCGAGAUCCGCGACCUUCUUGUGGAACCAGUCCAGGAGAAGAUUACGGUCCAGGACCUGCUGUCCGCCCCCGCAGUUCCGACCGAGGACGUCAAGCCCGUCAAGACCGAGCCUGUUGCGAUCGAGGCUGAGCCAGCUAAGCACUCAGAGGAGCUAGAUGCGCACUUCAUCCGCGACACCAUUCCCGAUGGCUCCAAGAUCUGUGCUGGCUACCAGUUUGUGCAAGUCUGGACCCUGCGCAAUCCCGGGCCGAAUGCCUGGCCCGCUGGCUGCAGCGUCCGUCACGUCGGCGGCGACAACAUGCUCAACAUUGACAACACUCAGCCACUUAGCCAGAGUGAACUCGCUGACGCGAGCGAGAGCAACGUCGUCGGUCGUACGGUCGCCCCUGGCGAGGAGGUCUCCUUCCGCAUCGUCAUGAAAGCACCGGUUCGCGAGGGCACUGCCAUCUCCUACUGGCGUCUCAAGGCCGCCGAUGGAACGCCUUUUGGUCACCGACUCUGGUGCGAUAUCCAGGUCGUUAGCCCCCCUGUCCCUGCUCUGCCGGCUGUCGCUCCGGCUCCCGAGACGGCCGAGGCAUCUAGCUCUGCUACCCCAAGCCUGACUCCAUACGAGCGCUUCCAACACGCCAAGCUUGAGCGUGUGAGGGCGAUGCAGCGUGCCCAGGCCCAGGCCCAGAGCAUCCGCCACGAGAAGUCCAAGGCUGAUAGGGACCGCACCGUCGAGCUGCAGAUGGAGGCGGUCGAGAGGCUGAAGGAGAUGAAACUACAUCUCGAUGAGAAGGAACGCCAAACACCCUGGCUCGAGCGCGAGAAGAUGCUCCACAUUCAGAGGGUCCGCAAGGCAGCUGUCGAGCGCCUCCUUGAGACACGCCGCAAGGAGCAUGAGGCUUUUGCACAACUCCAGCAAGCCGUUGUUGAGGCCGAAAAGGCGCCCGACGCCUCGGUCAAGCAGGAGACCGCCGAACUCCCGGUCGAGGACACGGCCGUGGAGAAGAAGGCAGCAGAACCCCAGCCACAGUCGUCUGGCAUGAUCUUCCCUCGUCUCGAGAAGGAGUCCCCGGCGUCCAGCACUCAUGAGGCAGCCACCGCCGAACCUGAGUCGCCCAAGUCCGAGAACGCCACGGUCGCUGAGCACUCCGACGAGGAGUUCUUUGAAGACGCCGAGAGCGUUGAGAUCCGGUCCCUCUCCAGCGACGAGGACGGCUUCUUGACGGACGAGGAGUACGACAUCCUUGAUGCUAGCGACGAAGAAAUGCCGUGAGUGAGAUCCGUCAAGGUAUGAUUGCGGCUUAGAGACGCGGACCUAGACAGUGGUGGGGCUAGACCGACCGGCCUCGCUCGCACUGCCAUGUCGCUGGUGCAUGGAAGAGAAGCAGAGGCUCUUCAUUGGAGUUUGUGGAAUUUCACUGAGGCUCAAAUUCAUUUCCUUUAUGGUUUUCGGGGUGUUUGAGGAAUUGGGUACACUCCUCUUUGGACUGGAAACACACUCCUUACCAAAACAUGGCGCCUGGUCAUGCGCACACUCUCUUUUCGGGUCGGAUCAGGGCGCUGACUGGCGCACUGAUUCUGACUUCUUCGAGCCCCUAGUAAUGCGU